AUGCCUCGUACUAUAAAACCUCGUGGUAUCAAAUAUAGUAAAUCACGAGCAUUUACUCGCAAUACUGAAAUUCCAAUACUUCAACCUAUAUUUCUUGAACAAACUUAUGAUUCAAAUCCUACCGAAUUUAAUUUGCAACAAAGUGAUGAUGAUGAUGUUAAUGAUGAUUUUAUUGAUGAAAGUAUACCUGUUGAUAGUGAUGAUAGUAUUUAUAGAGAAAAGCAAACUCGUUUGAAUAAAUCCUGGCAGUCAAUUCGUGUUCAACUUAAAGACGCGUUAAUUGAGUUGGAAAGUCAAUGUAAUGUUGAAGAAAAUAUAUGUCUUUAUGGAAAAUGUUAUAAUAAUGAACUAUUUAAAAUAAUUACAGUCGAUUGUAUUUAUUUUGAACAUGAAAUUAAAAAACAAUUCAAUUUGUGUAAUUGUGAACAGUUGCGUUAA